CAGUUGUUAAGUCUCCUUACUCAUACCCCAAAGCCAAAUCAUAGCUGCCAUAACAUUUUCAAGUGUAUUUCAAAUUGAAAUUGUGAGUUUUUAUAGUAAAUUUCCACUUCACCAUGACGGAUCCGAUUAACACCAACUUCGAUGAGAGUGGAGCUCCUCCCAUCGGAGGCGAUACAAUGAACAAGCGGCUGGAUUGCGAGCAUUUAGAUCAGAUGACGGAUAAUUGGACCGAUUAUCAAAGACCCUCGUUUGCCACCGCACUUCUGCGAUUUUUCGGCAACGUAUUUGUCGACAUAUUUAAUGCGAUUUUUGGCUGAGUAGUGAUGCAAAUACUCUGUAUACUUGUAAUUUUUGCAGGCGAGCAGCAAGUAGUUAAACUAAUAAAAUUGUUAGUUGUAAAAA